AUGGCCGAGAAUGCCACCAGCACCAGAAUUCAAGAAGAUCUAUUAUUAUUAUUAUUAUUAUUAUUAUUAUUAUUAUUAUUAUUAUUAUUAUUAUUAUUAUUAUUAUUAUUAUUAUUAUUAUUAUUAUUAUUAUUAUUAUUAUUAUUAUUAUUAUUAUUAUUAUUAUUAAUGUUAUUAUUUUGCUAUUAUUUGUUGCAGUCAAUCUAUUGUUACUUCUUUAAAAGCUGA